AGACCUGUGCCCAGCGGGGCCUCUGGGCCUCUGGUCUGUCAAGGGAUAGAACCCUGGGUCUGUCAAGGGAUAGAACCCUCGGGGUGUCUCCCCCAUAGCUGGGACAGGCCAGGUGAAGAAGGAGCCGGAGGCCAAGAAUCUGGGUCUUGAGGGAGCAGAAGCAGCGGGCUCCUGGGAAUCUUGGCACUGACCCAGGCAGGGGUGGGAGGCGGCUCCAGCCCUUAAAACCACAGCGUCGGCCUCUGCCUCUCCUCCGGGCCUCAGGACAGAGCCCAGCUCGCCGAACCCCGGCCAUGAAGGGCCUCCUCACCCUGGUCUGGCUGCUGGCCUGCACUGUACCAGCUGUGCCUGGGAGCCUGCUAGACCUGAAGUCCAUGAUCGAGGAAGUGACGGGAAAGAGCGCCCUGUCUCACUACGGCUUCUACGGCUGCUACUGUGGCUGGGGCGGCCGUGGGGCCCCCAAGGAUGGUACUGACUGGUGCUGCUGGGCACAUGACCACUGCUAUGGGCAGCUGCAGGAGAAAGGCUGCAACAUCUGGACACAGCCCUACAAGUACAGGCUGGCGCGGGGCCUGGUGGCCUGUGAGCCGGGGACCUUCUGCCAGAUGCGCCUCUGUGCCUGUGACCAGAAGCUCACCUCCUGCCUCAAGAGGAACCUGAGGAGCUACAACCCUCACUACCGCUACUUCCCCAACCUCCUCUGUGUCUAGGCGCCCUUGGCGGGUUCUCUCCAGUCAGGGCUCUGGCAGAGCUCACAGCCUCACCUUGCCGGGCUCCCCAGAGACACUCCAGCUUUGAGCCUCAUUCCUCCUGGAUGGUUCUGAAGAGCCUGCACGUCAGAGUACUUGGCCUCCGCUUCCCAAGUCACCUGCCUGCUGCUGGGUGCUGCCCUCUGACCCCGCCAGCUGUGUCCCCACUGCCAGCUGUGCUCCCCCAAGGUCUUCUUGGGGAGCUCAUUUCCCCCCGACCGCUGCAGUGUCAUCGUCAGCCAGUAUCACUGACACCCUACAGACUUUUGCUCCCAGUCUGACCAAAGCUGACUCCGUAAA